AUGACCGUGUCGACGCUCGGCAUCCUAGCGCAUGUCACGCCGACACUAGUGGUGAAUGCGCUGAAGCACUAUGUCCGUCUGUGGACCGAGUUCGGCUCGCGCAAUGCGCGCGAGACCGCCAACGAGUUUUACUAUGACCAGGCGUUUCAUCUGGUGAAGCAGCUCACGAUCUACCUGACGCAUCAUACCGCCGAGGAUAUCCAGGGUCUCACGGACAUGCAGGUGCCGAUGCCCCCGUGGGGCUUCUCGGAGCAGGUCAUGAUCCCGAUGGAGAGCUGCGACGAGGCGGCGCAGCUCCUCAUCCGCUACUUUGGCCCAGAGCAGAUCCAGACCUUGAUCGGCGGCGCGCGCUGGUGGCAGAUGCGCACGGUCGCGGGACUGCCGGCUGAGUGGAUCUCGCAGUACUCGGACUACCACACGCUCGUGGACUUGCAGAGCGGACGCAACGCGAGCCUCUCGGCCUCCCUCUCGAAGCGCAUGAAGCGCCAGACGAACAAGCGCAACCCGCGCCACGAGCACGAACAAGCGUCCGAGGCGCCGCCCGGCGAAAAGGGGCGGUUUGCGGACACUCAGGAAGAACGCGACCGCCUGAGCCGUGUCAUGCUCUACAUCCACGGUGGCGGCUACUACUUUGGCUCGGUAAAUACGCACCGCUUCCAGAUCCUGCGCAUUGCACGCAAGUUUGGCGGGUUUGCUUUUGCGGUCAACUACCGCAAGGCGCCGCAGUUUCCGUUUCCGUGUGCGAUUCAAGACUGCCUCGCGGCGUACAUGUACCUGAUCCGCCCGCCGCCCAAUGCCAAGCACCAGGCGGUGGACCCGAAGCAGAUCGUGAUUGCGGGCGACAGUGCGGGCGGCGGCCUGAGCCUUGCGCUGCUGCAGCUGCUGCGUGACUUGGACCUGCCGCUGCCGGCCGGCGGCGUGCUCAUUUCGCCAUGGAGCGACCUGACACACAGCUUCCCGUCGAUCCUGCAGAACACGGCUACGGACUACAUCCCGCCCUACUCGUUCAUCCACAAGCCCAGCACGCUCUGGCCGCUGCAGCGCGACUCGGGCGUGUUUGAGAAAAAGUCGCUCUUUACCUUUGGCGUGAAGCGCCAGAAGCGCCGCAAGGAGCACAUGUCCCCGGCCGAGCGCGAGAUGAACCGCAUCGUGCACUUGCGCCUGCCGGACGGCAAGGAUAUGCCGAUCACGUCGCAGAUCCAACUGUAUGCGACGAAUGCGCAGCUCUUCCACCCUCUGUGCUCGCCCGUGCUGAGCGGAAGCCUCGGUGGGCUCCCGCCGCUGUACAUUUGCGCUGGCGACAGCGAGGUGCUGCGCGACGAGAUCAUCUACCUCGCGCACAAGGCGGCGCACCCGGACCAGUACCCGCUGCGCGAGGACCUCAUGGACAAGUUCCCGGUGAUGCGCGAGGCGCAGCGCAGGUUCCACGACAAACCGACAAACGUGCACCUCCAGGUCUUUGACGGCCAGUGCCACGUCUUUACCAUGCUCAUGCAGACGGUCGCGGCCAAGUACGGUUUCCGUGCCAUGGCGUCGUUUAUCAAGUUUGUCACCGGCGCGCCGACGACCGAGGCCGCGGCGAAUGUUCCUGACUAUGCCGAGGCGUGGCAGUACAGUAGCGCCGCCGCCGCCGCGUACGGGCCGCCAUCGCACAGCUACCAGGUGCGCCGCGGGGCCAAGGUCGCGACGGCGGCCGCCGCCUCGCAGAAGGAUAAUAUGUACUCGGGCAAGGUGCCGCUGCAACGCCCCGAGUACGAGAGCCACAUGAUCCGCGAGCGCGUCGACGUCAACGGCAAGAUCCGCCCGAUGGAGCCGCCGUCGAUGAUGCAGGCGCUCCGUAUGCCCUACCAAGAGGUCGGCGCGGUGAAGGCCUCGACGUACAACCGCUUCCAGAAGGGCCACACGCUGUGGGACACGCGCUACCGCCGGACCGCAGCCAAGGUGAAGCGCAAGCGCGCCAAGUACCAGCGCCGCGCCAACCGCAUCCUGAACAAGGCCCAGGCCGAGGGACUGCUCGACGAUAUGGGCGACCUCGACGUGAGCGAGAACGGGACGACCUGGACGGACCUCGCGACGUACGGCCCGGCCGACCUGCGCAACGAGUGCCCCCCCCCGUCGUCGAUUGUCGGGCGGCGCGACACGCCGUCGGCGAUCACAAUGCUCAAGCUGAGCCUGCACCUGCGGGCCAAGCGGCGGCGUGCGCUCGGCCUCACGAAGGAGUCCGCGCGGCCGUCGGCAGGCCGCACCCACUCGCAGCGCUCGUCGAUGGCCGACGACGAGGUCGAGCUGCGCUACGGCGGCGAGCACCGCCCGACCGACGCGCCCGGCGAGCCACUCGGCAAACGAUUCGGACUGUGGAAAUGUACGUAUUGGUGCUAA